AUGACGGACAUGCUUUUGCUGAGAGCUGAGCAGAGGCAGAGUAAGAGGCCUAAGCAUUUUUGGGAGAAUGACUCCAAGCUAAAGCUCCAUACCCUUGCUGAUCGUGCAUCCUCUGUCAGUUUCAAGUUGGGCAGGGCUGAGCAUCUUCUCUCAGCAUUGAAAGAGAACCCCGAGCCUAGUGGUCCCGUUGCAGAGCAGGUGAGGUUGCCGGUGCUGCCUUAUGCCGCUAGGAGGGCCAAACUCAUCGAUUGGCCAGCGGAAUCGGAUGACAUGCAUAGGAGGGCGCUUCAUCUUGUUAGGGUCAUGGUUGAGGCUGACUUCCAGGCUUCACGAUUGGGCGCCAUGAUAUAUGAAUUGAGCGGGAGCCUCGACAAGGAGCCCCAGAUUCAGAAAGCCAUCAGCUUGACCUUUGCAAAGAAGUCUGCAGCUACACUCCACAAGCGUACCAUGUCAUUCUGGAAGCUUUUCAGAUUCCAUGCUGACAAGGGUUAUCGGUCUGGCCUUGCCUUCACUGAAGCCAGUGUCUUUCUCUACUUUGAGGAUUUGAAGCAACGUGCCAAACCCACUGCCCCGCAGGCUUGCCUCGAAGCCCUGUACUUCUUCCAUACCUUGUUUGGGCUAAGAGUCUUGCUGGAUGAGUUAGUCAGUCAUCGGUUGCGCGGGUUGGUGUACACAGCCAGUGUUGAGAAGAGGCCGUUGCAGCAGGCUAGGCCUCUUCUGGUGGAGGAAGUCAGGUGGUUGGAGUCCAUCGUCUUGAAGAGCCUUGAUACGGCCGUGGUGUGCAUUGCCGGCUUUAUCUUGUUUUGCAUUGCAAAUUGCGCAAGGUGGGGUGAUGCCCAGAACGCUGCACUUCCCACAUUUGAUGAUUCGGCUGCCAGGUCAGUGAUUUCCUCUGAGACUAGGAGACACAAGCUCGCGAACACUGCCCAGCGGAAGACCACUCUUUUGCCAUUCGUUGGCUUCGGCAGGUUGCUUUCAUCGGAGUCGUGGGCUAAGGCUUGGUUGAGCUCGAUGCAGAGAGCAAGGCUUCCUAGGCAAGGCACCGAGUACAUCCUCCCUUCGUGGAAUGAGAGCUCAGGGGCUUUCCUUAGGCGGAGAAUGACAUCCGGUGAGGCCACCCUUCAUUUGCGUGAGAUUCUCAGGCAGAAUGGGAAAGUCCAGGAGCCGUGGCCAUCAUCACACAGCCUGAAGGCAACCGUGCUCACCUGGGCAUGCAAGUCGGGUGACUUCAAUCUUUCUGAGAGGCAAAUUCUAGGCCAUCAUCUCGAUCGGCCCAGCAUCUCUGCUCUGACUUACGGCAGGGCCAACUUCGUGGGCCCCUUGAAGAAGAUGGCUAGGGUUCUUGAUAGAAUCUCCGAUGGGACUUUCAGGCCUGAUGCCAGUACGGCGUCCCUGGUGGCCCACCAGCUUGCCGCUGAGGAGAUGGAUUCCGAUCAGGCCGAGCUUGCGGCUCAUGGGGAGGCUCAGGCUGCAGAGGACUCAGCUUCUGAAGACCUUGGCCAUGACGAAACUGAUGAGGCUCUUCAUCGUGUUGUGCCGGCUUCUGAGAGGAAGAUAGUUUGCAUUCCCGUGGCCUUCGUGCCACAGCCGCUGGGCCUGGUCCUUCGUGAUCGGGUCAUGUCUGUGGACUCCGAAGCAGCUUUCAGGGCAGAGGCGAUCAAGCUCGGUGUAUCCGAGGCGCAUGCAGAUCUCUUAAUCAAGAAGGGGAUCCGGAGCCAUUCGCUCUUUGCUUUCAUCUCCUCAUACCAGCCGGGGAGUACGGAUGAGGCUCCCUUUGUCGAUGCACUCAAGCAUUACUUAGGCGAGGAUCCGAAAGAUUCGCUUCCCUCCUUCCGUCACCUGUUCUACGCGUCCCACACCCUUGCUGUGCAAGAGCUCAAGGACAGGUAUGAGCCCAGGGAGGAAGCAAAGCGUCUUUCCAUGGCCGAUCGUGUGGAUCGUCUUGAGAGGGUCCGUAAAUCCCUUCCCGGUUUGACCAUAGAUACUUGGUUGGAACCAUCGCAUAGCUUGGUCGACAAGGCAGUGAGUUUUGCAGAGGACCAAUGCUUAGGGCCAUUGGAACUAUCGCGUUGCACGUCUCGUGAACUCGAGAUGCGCUCAGAAAAGCGUGACCCUGUGACAUUCAAGAUCGAGGGCUCGAUCAGGGUCUCUAGGCCAGCGCAAGAGUUGGUCGCAGAUACAUCCAGUGACCUCCAGGUCCGCGCAUGCAUGCAACGUAGAGCAUUGGCAUAUCAGAUGGCAUCGCUAGCCUCUUUCACUGUGCUUGACAGAGUUGUGGCUAGGCUUUUCAGCUUUAUGGUCCGCCCUGUGCUGCCAGGCCAAAAGCCUGUUACCUUGGUGCAAGUCAUCGAGGCCGACAAGACCCUCUGGGUUCUAGUGGCCCAGAAAACACGUGGCCAGAUCUUGACGUCCGGGACACCGCUCCCGAUUGAUGCGGCAGUGGAGGCCUUGCUUGAUUCUUCGGAGGUCACAUACUGCUUGAUGCCGCGCACAGGGUCAGCCUCAUCCACGGCAGUCCACCCGUCCAAGACACAGCCAGAGAUGCCAAAGGCUCCCACGGGCGGCAAAGCCUCAGGCAAGGGCCUCGACUUGCCACCAGGAGCGCGCACUCGUGAUGGUCAGGGCCGCCCCAUUUGCUUCAGGUUCAACCGGAAGGCAUGUGCGACACACGGUGACAAGUGUGGCCGGGGCUACCAUGAGCGUGCUGUGGCUCCUGUGGGGACUAGCAACCGCACACAGCUCCAGCAGUUGGCUGGUCACUCCCCCACUGAUGUUCACCCAGCUGAGGCAAGGGCUGGCCUUGCAUCCGUCCCCCCGACUUGCGGGGAAGUUUUGGAGAUUCUUGACAUGUUGCCAUCAGAGUUGCCCGCUCGCGGUGAGGCUCAAGACGGCUCAGUGUCCUUUACCGCUGGCAGCUGGUCCAAGGAUGGCCAGCUUGGCCUUCGGGCAAAUUGUACCACUUUUCCGGCAGUGACUAGGCUGCUUUGCAGUUUUGUCCGGGCUCACGCCCCACAUCACAGUUUUGGCGCCGUCGCCUUGUUUUGCAACCUUCAGGCCACGCCGCGCAGGGAUGUUAAUAAUGAGCCAUCCUUCCCCAACCUUUUGCUCCCCGUGUCGCAGUUUGCGCAAGGCCAGGUUUGGCAGCAGGAUGAUUCUGGCCCCGACGUCCGUGAGGUUCAAGGCUUGCAACAGCACGGUAUCCUGCAUGAUGUAGCUUCAGGUCCUUGCUAUCUGGACGCUCAGCGCCUUCACUUCACCUUGCCAUGGCGCGGCCGUAGGGUCCUGGUUGUUGCCUUCACUCCGCGUGGUGUUCCUGCGUGCCAUGACAUUGUAGGCCAACUGUUGCCUUUGGGUUUCAACCUUCCCGUUGAGCAGCCUUCCGCAUGCAUGCCGAACCAGGUUUCACUUGCAGGGUAUACCUUUUCACUGCCACAGGUUCAGUUGCGGCCUAUCGUCUUUGAUUGUGCGCCCUCAGAACUCAUAGCUCUGGAAGUGUUUGCAGGCCGUGCUAGGCUGUCCGUGGCGGUUCGUGACUUGGGCCUCUCUUCCAUGCCAGUGGAUCACCAGGCCAAAUGUCCCGACAUGCGGGUCACAGUGCUGGAUCUCACUGAUCCCAAUGACUUGACCACUUAUUUUGAGAUGCUUUGCACCGCUAACAUCGGCUCGGGGCAUUGGGCACCACCCUGCGGGACCGCCUCUCGAGCCAGGGAGCGUCCCUUGCCGCCAGAGCUCUCCCACAUAGACGCUCCGCCAUUGCGUUCGCCAGAUCACCGAUUUGGGCUGCCAGAUCUGGCGCCGCAUCAUGCUGCCCGUGUUGAAGCCGCCAACUGGCUUUACGCAGUGACUCUUCUUUCAAUUUGGGUUUUGCACCUCCGUGGCUCACUCCUCAGCUGCGAAAAUCCAACGCGGUCGCUCAUCUGGCGCAUAGCCGAUGUCUUGGCACAGGACCUUCCAGACCCAUCAGCUUGGUUUGAUUUGGUGGACAACAUUUUCCAUGCCUGCAUGUAUGGUUCCCGUAGGGAUAAGCUUAGCACCUUUAAGGCCACCCCCGGGUUUUGUAGGUCCCUUAACCUCCGCUGUGAUGGCAAUCACGAGCAUGAGUCUUGGACCCCCACUGUGUCGCGUAAGGGCGUGCUGUUCCCGACGUUGUCGGAAGCAGAGUACACUGCUGGCCUUGCUCAGGCAUACGCUUCUGACUUGCAUGCCGUGCUGCUCACAAAGGGGGUUCAGUUCGAGGGUUCCCACAUAGGUUUAGGGGUUGCCAAGCCGCGUGACCUGCGUUCCUUCACUCGCAAGCGCGUGCCGCCUCUUCUUGCUGAAUACUGGUUGGUGGCGCCUAUUGAUUGCGUGCCACAGCAUUGGCCGAGCAAGCCGCUGAAGCCGCAUGUGCACUUCCCGAAAAGAGGGGAUGAGGUCAGGAUAGUGCGGUCCAUGCAGGACGUUCUUGAUCUAGAGCAUGAAUUUGCUUGCAAACCAUCAACCAUUGUAGCCUUCAAGGGGGAAGGUGCCAACGGUUCUGAGCCUAUGGUAGGCGUAUUAAGGACUCCGAAGCAAACUCUUGAUGCGACUGCGCUUCUUUCUCACCCGCUCGAGCUGCACUUGCCCUUGCCAGACCAAUUGGUCAAAGCCGUGAUAAACGUGCUUAGGUUGGGUCCCAAGGGGGUAGCUCAGGUUCGUAAAGGGGCCCUGAAUAGGAUCGCAGCUUUAAGAGAUAGCCUGGAGCCUAAGGAAGCAGAGAUCCACCGGUCCUUGCAUCCGGACCUUCGCAAGGUUCUGCAAGGCAAAAACACUCUUUUGUGGCAGCAGCUGUUGCAUGACACGGGGUUCCCCGAUCCUGGUUUGAUCGAUGAGGUCCGUGAGGGUUUUGAGUUGGUAGGCCCGGGCACCGUAUCAGGGGCCUUCCCAAAGGGUUACAAGCCCCCUGAGCAAAGUGUUGAUCAGCUUAAGAGCCAGUGCACGUGGAGAAAGAAGGCAGCCAUAGCGAAGUGCGGGCCCACAAAGAACUCCGAGGCCGAUCAAGAGCUGUGGGAUCUGACAAUGGAGGAGGUCGCCCAAGGCUGGGUCUCCGGACCAUUUUGGUCGGAGUCGGAGGUCACAGCAGCUCUGGAGACGGACCAGUGGUUGUGCACGCGGCGGUUCCCAGUCAUUCAAGGGCCUAAGGUUAGGGUCAUAGAUGACUGCCUUCAGAGUGGGGUUAACAGCGCGUACACGGCAUUCAACAAACUGCGUCUCAUGGAUGCUGAUGCCUUCAUCUCCUUAGUGUUGCUGAUCCUUCAGGUGGCCGAUAAACCCGGAUCGUUUGUGACCUUGGACAGUGGCGAAAGGCUCUAUGUGGCGUGUUCUGGUUGCUUGGUCCCCUGA